CACAGACUCCAUGGGCAGAAUUCCCAACGACAGAUUACGAAUCGCCCAAUCUCCGCCAGAGAUGCACAGUACCCAGCCGGCCCCUCCGCGGAGCUCGACAUCUCCGAGCUCCACUCAUUCGCAAGGCUUUAGCAACACCUACAUUCAACGAUCACGACCAUAUCUCACGGAUCAACAGAUCGAGGAGCGCUCACGAAGGGACUCGCAAACGGAGGCGAAGGAGAUCACCGCACGGUUAAAUGCCUGCGCCUGGAUCAUGCAAGUUGGGCAUGCCCUGCAGUUGUAGGUUUCUCUCCUUUUCUUGCUCGCUCUCCUGGGAAACAUGUCAACAUCUAACUCUUGUCGGUCAUGGCUGGCGAUGCAGUCCUAUCCGAACAAUGGCUACUGCCAUGAUACUCUACCAUCGGUCGCGGUUAUUUUCCCGGAACCCUUACUCUGAGCAGCAGUACGUGGUAUGUGUUUGGCUCUGGGAUUGCGGCGGGCGGCGCAUGGGUGCUGAUUAAAAAACGCAGGAUGUGGCAGCUGCAGCUCUCUUCGUGGCGUGCAAGAUCGAGGAUACGUUGAAGAAGUCGAGGGAGAUCCUCGCUACUAGUUAUAAUAUGCGGCAUCCACAGCUUGAACCGAUCAAUACUGAUUCCUCGGUGGGCUCUGAUGUUCCUUUCACCGCUAGCAGUUGGGCGAUUAUUGAUGAGGGGUAGAUUUUGGACGACACGGUAAAGCGUAUCAUCGGGAUUGAGCGCGUUAUUCUUGAGUCCUCAUCUUUUGACUUCCGAUACAGACAUGCUCAGCCGUUUCUCAUCAAAUUUGCCAAGAAGUUUGGAUGCUCAAAGACACUCACGCAGUUGGCGUGGGAUGUAUCCGUGGACGUCUACAAGACUCUUUCGCCGUUGAAGGCCACCCCACAUAUUCUUGCUCUCGCCUCGUUGGAUCUUGCGAUGAGGUUGGAGGAUCAGAGGGUCGAUAUUGAGUACGAGCGGUUUGAGGCGAGUCGCGAGGUUGUUCUCUGUGGGUUUCCCAACGUUUGGCAUAUAUAUGGGAUCCGGAUGAGAAGCAAAAACUAAUACAAUUCAAAAUAAAAACCAGCCGUGAUCGAUGACCUCCUGGAGCUAUACACCAGCCAUAAGGUCCAAACUAUCGUCGGGCUGAAUUACGAUAGCAACGUCUACCUCACCCAGCGCAUCCAGCUGAACAAAGAACGAACGCCCUACACAAAUGGCCACACAAGCCAGAACGGAACAAGCUCCAAUAGUAAUAGCAGCCAAAACAAUAUCAACAAUCACUACAUCCACCCGAGCCGAGACUUCCUAAACACCUCACCGGGAGAGCCCAUCCCACCCGGUGUUGCAUCCAUCGAGCGCGGAACCUACGGCACCAUUCGCUUCAUGAUCGACCCCUUAAGGGAGAAGACGGAGAAGGAACAAAUGAAUGGCACGGGCAGAUCCAAAGAGUUCACGCCGCCAAACGGAGUGCCCGUUAGUCCUUGGAGCCGGAGAUCAUAGGAAAGAUGUGAUUUUCUUUAUUAUUAUUCCUUAUUCUGUUGAAGAGAAGAAGAGAAGGAGAAAUGAAAACUCGUUCCCUUUUGGCAUUAGAUUUUAGGAAAUAAUGAUUGAGCAUCAUAACACUAAGGUUCGUUUGUGCAUAUAUUGUUUUGUCUUGUUUUCUUGUUUGCUCACUUCACAAGACAUUCUGGAAAUUCUUUCCUUGUAUGAUAAUGAUGGCUAUGGGAGGGGCACAGGCAUUUGUGUUGGCUCUACCAUACAUUUUUUGUGUGUAUUUGUGUAUCGGAAAUCGGCGGUCAUCAUAGGGAACAAGAGGUUUGGUUGUUGGAUGGAUGGCCGGGGGAUGACAAAAGGUUACUCUACCGGUAUACAGUAAAAAUCCUUGGAAUUCGGAAUCUCCAUUCACUCUGCUAACCUCGUGACUAAGAGACAAGUAUUCCUACAUAUCGUGGGCUGAUGUCGUGGCUUGCAGGGGUAUUCGAUAUAUAUACAGUACACGGUAUCAUGCCCUGGCCGUGCGAUGAACGUCACCACCGUGCACGGGUAUUAGGUAAUGAGUGAUACCAUAUGAUGCACCCCCCCGUCCAUCCAGCCAUCCCAUGAUCGGUUGUGCGGGACCCUCGGGCCGGAGGUAGCGGGUGGGGGUGAGCGAUGGACACUACUAUUGUAAUAUAAUAUACCUAAACUCUGGUAUGGACGGAAAUAGUGGAAGAAAA